AGCAUGGUACUAGAUUUUCGUGGCAUAAUAAACAAUCGUAGCAAGUGGGUUCGAGAAAAAGACAGUGUAUACUUAUCGAGUUUUCGUAUCAUUAAAUUUAUUUUGGUUUUAGUAAAAAUUUAAAUGAGUGAUUAAUUUUUAAUAGAUAUAUGUAUAUAUAAAUGGUUUUAAGUCGAAAUGAUAAGAGAAAAAGGAAGGAAGGUGAUCUGGUUGAUCUCAUGGAGCCCGUUUCGGAAUCGCCGAAAAGAGCUAAAGUUCAUGCACAAAGGAAAUUUGCACAAGGUGCAACAACAGUUUUUAAUCUACCACCUACACCUAUAAAGGAUAAAGAGAAAGCUAAGCCUGCUGUUAUAACAGAAUUGAUUACACAUAAACGUCCUAAUACAGAAGACUUUCUAACAUUUUUGUGUUUUCGAGGAACGUCACUUUUGCCACCAAGUCUGAAUUUUUUUAAUAUUGGAACCAAAAAGGAAAAACAAACUCCUAAAUUUUCAUCUAAUGUAGCAGGAAAGAAUACAUCUUCAACUACCCUAGUGACAGAACAAAAAUCUGAUUUAUCGAGUCAAAAAAAUAUUAAUAAAGUAAAAGCUCUUGUAACAGAAAAAAAAGAUGUGCCUAAUGAAAUUCAGAAAAAUGUUAAUAAAUUUAAAACUACAGCGUGUACGGUUCAGGCACUGAAGAAAAAAUAUCAAGAACAACGUCUUGCAAAACAGAGAAUUAAAAGAAAAUUUAAAAGUUCUUGUAUUAUACGUACAAGAUCGUGUUCAGAACGAACUGUAUUGAAACCAGGAAGUACAUUGACUUCUAAUAAAUUUCGUACUAAAUUUGAGAGUAAAAGGCACAGCUUAAGAAGUAGUUCUCUAAUAAAUAAAUCUAAAAAGGAAUCUUCUAGAACCAAACCUGUUUUAGUAAAGCCAAAGAGAAAAAUUAUCAUAAAAGAGAGAAAUAGUGAUACAUCUAAUCAAGAUUCAAUGAAUGAUGAAGAAGAGUUAUCUUUAGAGAAAUCAAUUUCACAUAUGAAACGUGCAAUGCAAAAACCAGUACAGAAAAGUAUAUGUACUAGAAGUAAAACGGAAAUGCGAAGAGUAACUCGAUCUCAUAGUCAGCGAACAUCUCCAAAAGAUCUUUCGCGUAGACCCACGAGAAAGACUAAAGAAGCAGCAGCAGUUUACAUGGAAAUUCUUGGAAGAAAGUUAGUGAGUCCUGAUUUAGAUAAUGAUGAUAAUCUUUCUGUUGAGAGUUUUCCAGAGUUACCAAGUGCUCGUAAAAUAAACCAAACAGAAAAUGAAAUUAAAACUAAAAUCAAACAGCCUGGAAAUAAACCUGCUGGAAAAACUAAAGAUACAAGAUCCAUUGCUCCUACUAAUAUGACUAAACGUUCAGAUAAAGAUGUAUCUAAUAAAAUUGCUCUUAAAAGUAAAAGAUUAGUAAAAGUGCAAAAAUAUUCUGAAACGGAAAGUGAUGAAGAGUCAGAGAAAUCUGUUGAAACUAAUAACGCAAGACCUAUUACCAGACAAAGUUUAGGUAAAUUAAACAAACCUAUAAGUCGUAGUCUUAGGUCUUCUUCUAAAAAUGUAGUUACAAAAGAGUCCCAAAAUAAUACAAACUCUAAAAUAAAAAAUCAAAAUUUAGCGAAAUCUAAUAAAGAUAAAUUAACAUUAAAACGUAAACGUAAUCAAGUUGCUACUAAAGAAUUAACAAAUAAGCCAGAUGAAUCUAAUCAAAAAGAUAUAAAAAAGAAUAAUAAUGAAGAGAAUUCUGGUUCGGAUGAAGAAACAUUAGGAAUGAUUUUGAAUAAAUUAAGAAAGAAAAAGACCUGCAGUAAUGAAGACAAAUUAAAUAUUAAUACUCCUGAAAAAAUUAAAGAAAGUAAUGAAUGCUGUACAAAGAUGUGCGGUACUAAAUUAGAUAUAUCUAAAAUAUCAGAUGAUGAGGAAUCAUUUCGUGGAUUUACUAAAAAAGCUAUUUCAACGGUAUUAAAUUCAUGUAAUACACACGCAAACGCGAAUCUUCUUGUCAACGAGGAAGAAGAUGGUAAUUCGUAUGCAGUUAAAAUACAAAAUGCAUCGCGUGAUGAAAAUUCAUUACUGGCACAAAAAAAUAAUGUUUCAAGAAAUAGUACUUCUUCGCCAAUUACAACCAUACAAGAGCAGGAAACAGCAUCAGAUUUACCUACUUCAGUUCAGUUGCAGAUACCAAUGUUACAGAAAACGAAAGAAAAUCAAUGUAAUCAUGAAACUAUGCAAUCUAAAAAUAUUGUUGAUAUACCUUUGUCGGCUUUGCACAUGAGAAAAGAAAGGGUCAAUAUGUCUACUGAGCAAAUUGAAAAAUGGCUAAAUGAAAGUUCAUUAGCCAAGGAAGAAAGUAAAUUAGAAAUGGAAAAUAUACCUAGUUUUAAAUAUAACGAACCUAUUAUUAAUACAGAUAAAUUGAAAACAGAUGUUUCACAUUUAUCUAUACCGACCAAAAUUCAACAUUUAGUAAGACCUGUUAAUGUAACACUUUCUAAAUUAGUUGAUAAAGCAAACUCAAAGGAUCAUCUAAUACUACAGGAAAAACAUACUUCUUCAUUCUUAUUGGAUACUCAAAUUAUGGACCUUAAAUAUCAAAAUAUACAAAAUAAUAAGAUUAAAUUAGAUAAUAGUAUGAAAGAUGUCAAUAAAGAAGAUAAUAUUAAAUUACAUAAAGCUUCAUCUUUUGGUGGAUAUAGUGGAAAAGUUAUUAAAUCAGAUUUAACUUUAAUAGAAUCUACUAUUAACAAUUCUACAGAGAAGAAAUCACAAGGAGAAAAAAAAUCGAUAUUUCAGGCACGAAAAGGAUUUUUACCUAAGAUUAAAGAAAGAAAAGUUACAACUAAUUCCAAUGCAUUUUCUCCUGAAAAUGAGAGUAGUGUUUAUGCAUUUGAAAGUGAUACUGAAGUACCUGUUAAUACACCUUUCAGAAGAAAAUUUCGUGAUUGUACUAAGUCAUCUGUAGAUGUGAACAUAUCGGAACAAAAAAUGUAUGAAACAACAGACGAAAUUACAAAGAAUCAUCCUAAUGUAUUAAAAGAUCAAGAUGAAGUUGUUAGCCCUAGUAUAAUUGCUACCACCACCACUGUCACUACUACUAAUAUCGUUAGUACUGUAACAAAUAGUAUUGCUACAAAUAAUACUACUACUGCCACAGCUACAAGUACCACAAUGGAACUUGAAAAUAAUGAAAUAAAAAAUCCACCAAAUGCAUCAUUAAACUUAAACAAACUUGAGCUGCCUCAAAAUUUUGCAAAUUUGACUAAUGUACAAGUUCUAUCCCUCGAUAAAUUGACUACUUCUUGGAGUGAUGUAAAUUGUAGCACUUCAAUAGCUGUUCAAGUUAAUUUUGAUGAUUGUGUGCAAAAACAAGAGCAAGAAGAAACAAAUGUGACUCAACAGAAAAGCAUGGAGAUAUCUACUCAGACUGACAAUAGUAAUAUGAAUACUGACAAUGACGGUCAAUUGUUUUACAUUCCAUUGCAAGCAGUUACAAGAGCUGGUCCCAACUUAAUUCCAAGUCAACAAUUAAUACAAGGUGUCGCUGUUAAAUUGGGUACAGAAGGACCUACUGGACCUAAUCAAAGAGUACUUCUACGUGCAAAAUUAGUUACUAAGCCACCUCUAUCGAUCGCUCGUUGUCCUCCUGUAGGAACAGUACAACCAACAACUCGUGCAACACAAAAUUCUACCAUAUUAACAGCAGAAGGUUCAAUUCAAUCUACGUCAUCGACCGGAUCAAACGUCGCAUCAAAUGUUACGUCAAACCUUACAUCAAACGUUGCAUUAAACGUUGCAUCAAACAUUGCAUCGAAUACUACUAAUUUAAUAAUGGCUCCAACUGUUGUCACGUCUGAAUUUUCUACACCUUCACCAACAAAAUCGCAAGAUGUAGUAUCAGGAACAAAUAAACAAAAUAAUACAACAAAGUUGAGCAAUAUUACAGAAAAAAUUGUAAAAUUGCCAAAAAAUCAGAGAGAAAGAAAAUCGUCAGUGGAUUCCAUUAAAAUAGGCAAAAGAUCUCAAGCAAAAUCACGACAAAAGGGAUCUGACAUAUCUGCAAUAACUAACAGUACACUCUCAAGUGGAAAAAUUUCAAGUAGUGAAGCAUGUCUAGUAGAAGCACCAACGUUUCAUCCAUCAGAAAAAGAUUUUCAGGAUCCUUUGGAGUAUAUAGACAAAAUUAGACCUGCUGUUGAAAAGUAUGGAAUUUGCAGAGUUAUUCCACCUCCUAAUUUUAAGCCAGAAUGUAAAGUAUCUGACGAUAUGCGAUUUACUGCAUACAAUCAAUAUGUACAUCGCAUGCUACAUAGAUGGGGCCCUAAUGUGAAGGAAAUGAUGGCUAUAAAAAAGUAUUUAGCAACACAAAGUAUAACGCUUACUCGUCCACCAUGGAUAGGUGGCAUGGAAGUUGAUUUGCCACAUCUAUAUCAAACCGUUCAAAGUUUAGGUGGUUUGAAAGAAGUUAUUGAAAAGAAAAAGUGGCAAAAGGUAGCAGAUGGAAUGAAAAUACCGAAAUCUGCACAAGAUCGUGUUACUAAAUUAGACGAUAUUUAUUGUAAAUAUUUAUUGCCAUAUGAUACAUUGUCACCAGAGGAACGAAGUAAAUUAUUUGAUGAAGUUGAAGCUGAAUGGUUAAAAAGAGAAAAUAAAACAUUGCAAAUGCAAGAUACAUCUGCAACUGAUAAUGAAGAAGAAGAAGAUGAUGACACUUCAGAUGAAAUUGAGGAGUGCAUUGUGAAAGGCAGGAAUAUGCCUUUGAAUGCCUUCUACCGAAUUGCACGAAAUACUCAACGCAUGUGGUUCGGAGAAAACCAACGUUCCGGAAAUGAGUCUGAGGGAGCAUCUGCAGAUGAAGUUGAAUCUGCAUUUUGGAAACAUGUAACAGAAAGAAAACGACAUAUCUGCGUGCAUGCAGCGAGUAUUGAUUCAAGCGGUCGUGGUUUUGGCUUUUCUGUUGCCAAAAAUAGUCCAUUUGCAAGACAUCCAUGGAAUCUCAAAGUUCUUACAAACAAUGCAGGAUCAGUAUUAAGAGCUUUAGGACCAUUAAUGGGAGUAACUGUACCAACAUUACACGUUGGUAUGUUAUUUACUGCUUGCUGCUGGUAUCGUGAUCCUCAUGGCCUUCCAUGGAUCGAGUAUUUGCAUACAGGUGCUAAAAAAAUAUGGUAUGGUAUACCAGACGAACACAACAAUAAUUUUAAGGAAGCUUUAACAAAAAUGGUACCACAAUAUUGUAAAAACAAAACUAUAUGGUUACCCUCUGACACUGCUAUGGUACCACCAGAAUUGUUAGUCAGCAAUGGUGUGUCUUUGUGUCAGACAGUUCAAGAGCCUGGACAAUUUAUUAUUGUAUUUCCAAAAGCGUUUACAUCUAGUAUAUGUACAGGAUAUGUGGUAUCAGAAAGUGUUUACUUUGCACAGCCCUCUUGGCUAGAAACUGCAGAACAAGUAUUCAAAGACAUACAAGACAGUUGUGAGCCCUCAAUUUUUUCAUUUGAAAGAUUAUUGUUUAAUAUUAUUAAUGAUUCACGAUCUAAUAUAGAUAUAUUGAAACAGAUUUUACCAAGCGUUAUAAAAAUUCGUGAAAGAGAAAUUGAACAUCGUAAGCAAUUAAAAUUUUUGGGUCUCACUAAUAAAGAAAGAUUACCCUUACCUGAUAGCGGUAAACGUGGCAAAGGGAAAAAGGUGAAGGAAGAUGAUGGAGAUUUUGAGUGUGAAACUUGUAGAGCUAAUUUAUUUGUAUCUUUGGUAAACGAUUCGCAGGAUGAUAGUGUUUAUUGUUUAGUACACGCGUUACAAUUGCUUACCAAAAAUAAACCAAUUUUGAAAAGCUGUACAUUAAUGUACACAUAUAGUGAGAUCGAGUUGGAUGAGUUGAUUCAUAAAUUGGAGGAUAAAAUUGAAGCCAAAUCUAAGAAAACUAAUCAAAUUAAACAAAGUAAAUAAUAUAUUAAUCCUGCUUAUUUAAUUAUUGAAAGCAUGUAGGUGAUAAUUACUUGUCAAUCUCUGUUGAAAUAACGAUUAAAUCUUGUUGUUCGACAAGGAAAUGUUCGACAAUAGAAUAGUCUAUAUAAAAUAUGUUAUAAAAAUAAUUUAUGUCAAAAUAUAUUUAGAAGGUUCUGGAAAAAGAGAUACAAUUAUAGUAUGAUUAUUAGUUGACAUUGAAAAGUAUUAAGAUAAGUUUCAUUCUUAGUAAAUUUUGUUUAUUAGAGUUCUAUAUAUUUAAUGCUUUAGGCAUCAGUCUAUGUCUGUGUACAUUAAUCUUCUGCUUCAAUGUUUAUAAUAAUUAUUAAAAUCUCUGUUACCCCCUGCAGGGUCUUUGUACUGCAAAUUAUAAAUAAAGUAUGUCCUUAUUCCUACAAUGUAUACAAAAA